UUAGACAAAUUUAGCAAAUUUCCUCGUUCCUAACCAAAACAUUCAUCAAUCAACCGGCACCCUUUUUGUGAUUACGUGUCAUUCACUUAUUGGCUCACAUUUUCACCGGCUCUAUUCAUCUCCGCAGAGAUUUUGUUCCCUGCGGUCCUCUUUUUCCUUCUUUAAAGUCAAAACCCAAAACCCUCCAUCAAACAAUGCAUCUCUUUUGGUUUUGUCUUAAGGCCGACGAAUCCUUCAAAUUUCCACCCCACGCGCACUAUAUGGCGCGUGGACGCGUGGAAAACAUCUUUCUUCUCCGUUUUAUAUCCAUCUCAAAACUUAAGAUACCCAAAAACAACGCUCCACCUGCUGCUGUCUUCUUCAAUUCGACACCUGAUGAAUCAAAAAGAUCGUAGCUGCUCAUUCCUUCGAUUUUUCAGGCAGAACCAUGGACUUCCAUGCGUGGCAAAGGGAAAGGCAUACUUACUUCUUUUCUUUCUCUGUUUCGUCGUCUCGUUGUCAACCGCGCAAACCCAAACGAUCCCAGCUCCGCCGCCACCAUCCAAUUUCAACGAGUCGAGUGGACCCAGUUUCAACCCUUUAAUGGCGGUUGUAAUGGUGGUUUUGGUGGCGGCGUUUUUUUUCAUGGGAUUUUUUUCCGUUUACAUCAGACAAUGCGCAGAUAGAAGGAGGCGUGGCGGGAUCCGGGAUGCCUCCAUUAAUGUCGGGAGGCGGUCGAUGAGAUUGACCCGUGGGCUUGACGGGUCGGUGAUCGAGUCUUUCCCGACGUUUCUUUACUCGACGGUCAAAGGACUCAAGAUCGGAAAAGGCACGCUCGAGUGCGCCGUUUGCUUAAACGAGUUUGAAGACGACGAAACACUGCGUCUGAUUCCUAAAUGUAACCACGUGUUUCAUCCUGAUUGCAUCGACACUUGGCUCUCUUCUCAUUCCACGUGUCCCGUUUGCCGCGCAAAUUUGGCUCCAAAGCCCGGUGAGAACAUCUCCUGCGCCACUGUCCAAGUAAACGAUUCGAACUCUGAGCCCGAAAACCGACCCGACAACAAUUCUGACGAUGAAACGAGCGUUAUUGAGGUUGUUAAUCAGACGAGAGACAUAGAAUCGCGGGGUGUGAAUUUAAUAAAUUCAAACACGGCGAUUUAUCAGAAUAGGCAGCCUAGAUCACGAUCGACGGGGUGGAGGUUGACCCGGUUCUUUCCGCGCUCUCACUCGACGGGUCACUCGCUGGUACAGCCAGGUGAGAAUUGCGAACGGUUUACACUAAGGUUGCCGGAUGAUGUAAGGAGCCAGUUGAUUAAGUCAAGCUUGAGCCGUUCGAAGAGCUGCGUGGCGUUCCCAAGAGCGACGAGUUUGAGGAGGGGUUACAGGAGUAGGAGUUUAGGGAGGAAUAAUUUUAACUACGAGAGGUUCGACCGGUCGGAUCGGUGGGGGUUCACUAUGAUUCCUCCAUUUUUUUCUAGGACCGGAUCGGUUAGAUCACCAAAACCGGUGAUUGGUGGUGGUGAUGAGGAAUUGGGUACUCCGCCGAAGGGUUCGUUUAUUGGAGGGGAGGAUAAUGUAGGAGAACAAUCAUCGGAGAGGCUCCGCCCUGAAUGCCAAGUUUAGUAAUUUGUGGUUCACUGUUUUUUUUUUUUUAAGUGGUUUUGAGGUUUGACCAACUGAAUUUACCUGUACAUUGGUUUUAUUUUUAUUUUUGUUCAUUUGUUUUAUUUAUUUUGAUUUUUCUUACGUAUAGCUUGAAGGUUAAAAAAAAAAGGGUUUAUGAAUGGCUACUUUAUCAUACGAAAAAUACCAAAUACCUAUACUUGGACGGCAAAUGGUUAAAGAAAUUUCCAAAAUUUAUGUAUAUAAAUAUUUUUUUUUGUUGCAUCUGAACAUUUAGCUAAAGUUGAUGUAUGAUUUUCUUGUUCAAAAGAGAAUCCUUUCAAUUUCAACUCAAAAAAAAAAAAAAAAACCUCUAUCGUUGCUAGACUUGUUGCAGCGUGAUUUUGUGCUGAUUUUUUAUACCAAUAUGU